UUACACGAAUUAUUUUUACACGAAUUUGAAAUAACACGAGUAAAUACGAAAAAAUAUUUCUAUUUUUACACGACAUAAUUUGAAAUAACACGAAUACAAAAAAAAAACAAAAUUACUUUUUUUACAUGAAUUAUUGGAUUUAACACGUUUUUUUUUUAAUGAAUUUUUUUCUACUUAAAAUAAUUCUGGUGUGUAUUCUGAGUUAUGUCUAUGUAUGCGUAAUUUCUGUUUAAUUUCUGUGUAAUUUCUGGAAAUGCGGGAUUCCCCGAAUUAUUGAAAAAGUAAAAACGUACAUAAUGUAUUGUACACACAAUUUAGUUCCUAUUUGACAAUUAUAAUUGAAAGAUCGUUAGUUUUUGCUGAUUUUUAACAAGUGCUAAGUAAAAUAAAGUAAAAGCUCAUAUAAUUUUGGUAGACCAAUAACAGCCAUACCCAUGUUACAUAAUUCUCCUGCAUUAAAAAUGAGGAAAGCGAUCAGCUUAGAUACCAAAAUCAAAAUUUUAGAUCAACUUGCAACGGGACAAGGCGCAACAGUUGUGGGAAAUAAUUUCGGAAUCCAUGAAGCUACUGUAAGAACAAUUAAAAAAAAUGAAACGGCAAUUAGAGCAUCAGUAUGUUCUGGAACAAAAUUAAGUGCAAAGUCAUCAUCGUAUGUAAGGGUAAGUAUGUUGUUAAAGAGAAAAUGGAAAAAGCUUUGGUAAUCUGGAUAGAAGACAAAUUCCAAAAGAGAAUACCAGUAGACGGACUUGCUAUCAAGCAGACAGCAUUAAGAAUCUAUAAACGUAUCCAGGAAAUUGAUCCAGAUACAUCAUCUCAGUCAAAACAACAUGCAUUUUCCGCAAGUACUGGUUGGAUGACUGGUUUUUUAAAAAGACACGCUCUCCACAAUAUAAAAAUUAAGGGAGAAACUGCAUCCGCUGAUGAAUUGGCUGCUAAAGAAUUUCCCGAAAAACUAAAAAAAAUUAUUGAAGAUGGAGAAUAUACUCCAGACCAAGUUUGGAAUUUAGAUGAAAGCGGCCUUUUUUGGAAGAGAAUGCCUAGAAGAACUUAUGUAGCAAAAUCGCAGAAAACAGCCGGUGGUUUUAAAGUAGCAAAGGACCGUAUUACGUUGUUGUUUUGUUCCAAUGCUUCAGGAGAACGUAUUCUUAAGCCACUCCUAGUACAUCGUGCCUUAAGACCACGUUCCAUGAAAAGUGUAGAUUUCAAUAAAUUGCCUGUACACUGGAUGGCGAACAAAAAGGCUUGGGUAACCAGUGCAAUUUUCACAGAGUGGUUUCAGAAGCACUUCAUCCCAGAAGUUAGGCGCUACAUGAAAGAAAAAUGUCUCGAAUUUAAAGUUCUUUUGAUUCUAGACAAUGCACCAGGCCAUCCAGUUUUGGAGCACCCAAACGUACAAUUUUGUUUUUUGCCGCCUAAUACCACUUCCCUUAUACAGCCACUAGACCAGGGGAUAAUUGCUACGUUUAAAACGUAUUACAUAAGAAGUUCAUUUCAUUAUGUUGUAGAAAAACUUGAUAAUUAUGAGGAAUCAUCAGUCAUAGAUGAAUGGAAAAAAUUUUCUAUAAUGGACUGCAUUAAUCAAGUCAAGAUCGCGUUAGAUUUAUUAAAGCCAUCAACUUUGAACUCGUGUUGGAAAAAUAUUUGGCCAGAAUGCGUAAAAUGCAAAGAUCCUGUUAUCGAUAAUAACGCUGAACUUGCUGAUAUAAUAACAAUGGCCAAUGCAAUUGGUGGGGAUGGAUUCGAUGACCUAUCGUUAGCAGAUGUAGAAGAAUUGUUGGUAGAUGAAAGCUUGAGCGAAAAUGAAAUUAUCGAAUUCACCCUUGAGACUCGUUAUGAUAAAGAACAUAGUGACAGUGACGAAAGAGAUCGUCCAAUUUUGAAAGCAUCUCUAAUUAAAGAAGGUCUUGAUCUCGCUACAAAAUUAGGUAGUCAUUUUGAACAACAUGAUCAUGACGAGGAACGAGCUGCCAAAUUUCAACGUGAACUGAAAUCAUUAAUGGCAUCUUACAGGGAAGUUUAUAAUGGGUUAACGCGAAAUAAAACUCAAUCUAAGAUAACUGAUUUCGUUCAAAAAUCUACUGAUGUCCCAACACAGUCGGAACGUUUACGUUUAUUAUCAGACAGUGACAAUAAAUAAAAUUGUUUAAUGUUUAAAUUUUUCUUAUGGUUGUACUUUAUGUUAUUUAAGUUUU